CGUCGGUGUAGAGCGUCCGCUAUUUUAUAGCGCCUCUUGCUGGUUGAGGGAAAUAGAUCAGUUUAGGAGAAGAGAUUAUAGCCAGAGAACGGACUGGACUGCGAUGGCCGCUAUUGUUCGGUCCCUGCUCAAUACCGGGAGGAAAAACAAAAUCAGCAAGCAACUAAUGCAGUAUAUUCGCUGCAGGCAUGGGGAACCCACUAAACCUCUCGUUCACUUGAAAGGAUGUGACCUUCUAACCUUACAAAAUUAUGCACCAGAAGAAAUCAAAUAUUUGCUUUGGGUGGCAUCAGAUUUGAAAGAAAGAAUCAAACACAAAGGGGAGUAUUUGCCUUUGCUACAAGGAAAAUCUUUGGCCAUGAUUUUUGAGAAAAGGAGCACAAGGACCAGAUUAUCUACAGAAACUGGAUUUGCUGUCCUUGGAGGACAUCCAUGUUUUCUUACUCUGCAAGAUAUUCACCUGGGCAUUAAUGAAAGCAUCACCGACACCGCACGGGUAUUAUCAACCAUGACAGAUGCAAUUCUGGCACGAGUGUACAAACAUGCUGAUCUAGAGGUGUUGGCAAAUGAGGCCACCAUACCAGUGAUAAAUGGACUGUCAGAUUCUGACCACCCUAUCCAGAUUUUAGCUGAUUACCUUACACUUCAGGAACACUAUGGGUCUCUGAAAGGACUGACCCUCAGCUGGAUAGGUGAUGGCAAUAAUGUCCUGAACUCUAUUAUGCUGAGCGCGGCUAAAUUUGGGAUGGACCUGCAAAUAGCUACUCCAAAGGGUUUUGAACCAAAUCCCAUGAUAACCAAAGUAGCUGAAGAGUAUUCCAGAAAGUACAACACAAAAUUGUUCAUCACCACUGAUCCUUCCAAAGCUGCCAAAGGAGCCAAUGUUUUGAUCACAGAUACAUGGAUAAGCAUGGGACAAGAAGAAGAAAAACAGAGAAGACUGAGGGCUUUCCAAGGUUACCAGAUCACAAUGCAGACUGGAGAACUGGCUGCUCCUGACUGGACAUUUUUACACUGCUUGCCCAGAAAGCCUGAAGAAGUUGAUGAUGAAGUGUUUUACUCCCCACAAUCACUUGUUUUUCAGGAGGCUGAAAACAGGAAAUGGACAAUUAUGGCUGUCAUGGUUUCCCUGCUGACAGAUUACACUCCACAGUCGCAAAAGCCUACAUUUUAAUUUUUGGAUUUCUGCCAAGAGAAAAGAUUCAUCGCCAGUAGAAUAUUUUGUGCCAUGACCCAUUCUCUCACACUCUCAGAAAGAACAUCAAAGCAAUGAUAAUUGUUUCACAAAACGUUGGAGUUUUCUAUCUUAUUUUCAUUCUGCAUCUGUUCUGCUGCUUAAGCAUUGCAGCUGCAUUUCUUUUUCUAGUUGCCUUUCCAUCUACUUCCUGCAUAUAAAUCAGUCUCCUAAAUAUCUAUACCCCAACAAAUGGAUCAGUUAGAAAUGCAGGCAGUGGUUUCACUUUGCAAUAGCAGAACUGAGUUCACACAUAUGUCCUCAGGAUGUGUACUGUGCUAAUCACUGCAGGGCGUGAGUAUAAAGAACAUGUACCUAAAAUGACUGCAUGUAUUUUGUAUCCACUUUGAAAAAAAUCUUACAUUUUUGCCUUGACAAGUUGGUCCUCUAUACUUACAAUUAAACUGGGUUUCCCAGAAGAAAGGAGUUUCUGUGGUUUGACUAAUGAAUUCCCAGAUUAUCUGAAAGAUGCUUGAUGAAUUCAGUUUUUGUUAAUUUUGAUAUCCCAGACUAACAUGUGGGUCAAAACCUAAUUAUGUUUCAAGAUGUGCACUUGUUUGAAUUCUUAGAUUUAAAAGUUUAUCUUUUCAAAUGUUUUAAAAUCCAUGUUUUACAAUAAAAUACAUCUAGAAAUACACCUACAAAUAUGUAUUUUGUGAGAACAGUAUAUUAAAAAUACAUGUUUACAUAUGUAUAUAUUUGUGCACUUUUAUGUAGAUUAAAAAAUGAUACACUAAUACAGAAUGCAGGUCAGAUUAGAUUUAUGAAUAACACAUGCAGAAUUGACAUGGAUCAGAAAUAGACAUUUUUUCCAUAUCUAAUCCAGAUUGAUACGUUUACUUGAAAUAGAUUGGAAAUGAACUGUAUUUUACUGAUUGGCUCAAAAUUCAUUUCCAAUAGAUAUUGGUUUAACAUAUUGCACCAUCGUGGACUGCCUCUGUUUUCUACAGAUAAUUAGGGUUAACAAGAAAGAGAAUGCUCCUAGAUUCCAAAGUCUGUGAAAGCUUCUAGUAGAGACUCAGGCUAAAGAUAGCCAAUAAAGGCCCAAGCAAUAGUGGACACCUGUAAGUAAAAACAAGCUUGGGUAGAGGGGAAACACUGGGACAUACCACUACACCUGUAACAAUAUAACAAGUCUUUGAAGAUGGCACUUCACACCAAUUGUCUAUUAUUGA